AGCUUGCUAUGCUCUACUUGGGUUUCAGGUGGGAUGAAGGUUGCCCUUACUGCUGCUAUCGCUGAACGCGGCUUGGUGUGAUUCCGCGAGAGAAUCCAGCUCUACUGCGUAGAUGUCUUCAUUGUCCCUGUACUCGAGGGUAGCCCGUCGUGGGCUUACUCGGCGCACCGAAAUAGCGGCCCCAUCACAUACGCCAUGGCGAUGCUUCAGUAUUGCGAAGAGCAAUGACAGCCAAAAAGAACGGAUCGUGAUCCUUGGCUCGGGAUGGGCAGGCUACGGCUUCGCUCGGACGCUCGACCCGGCCAAGUACGAGCGUGUGAUCAUCUCUCCACGCUCUUACUUUGUCUUCACGCCGCUACUUGCCUCCACGUCGGUCGGCACCCUCGAAUUCCGCACCAUCUUGGAGCCCGUCCGCCGCCUUCCGGGAAAGAUUGGCUUUUAUCAGGGCUGGGCCGACGACAUCGAUUUUGACCGCAAGACGAUCCGUGUCGAGGCGAACGCGGCCGAAGAAACAGCAAGCAAGACAGUUGUCCCGCCGCCCUCCCCUCCACCAUCCGAAACAAGCGGCGCAGAGAAGACCGAGCUGGCACCGGCGAAGAAGGCCAAGGGCGACUUGAUCGACAUUCGCUACGACAAGCUUGUCAUAGCGUGCGGCGCCUACAGCCAGACCUUCGGCAUCGAAGGCGUACGCGAACAUGCCCAUUUCCUCCGAGACAUUGGCGACGCCCGGCGCAUCCGCUUGCGAGUGCUCUCACUAUUCGAGCAAUGCUCAUAUCCGCGCGGGUCCGACCGUCUCAGCGACGACGACAAGCGGCAGCUCCUGCAUUUUGCCAUCGUCGGCGGCGGUCCGACGGGCAUCGAGUUCGCCGCCGAGCUGCACGACCUGAUCCACGAGGAUCUCGCGCCGCUGUACCCCGAUUUGAUGCCUCUGGUCAGCAUCACGGUCUACGACGUCGCCCCCAAAGUGCUCCCCAUGUUUGACCAGGCGCUGGCGCAGUACGCCAUGGACACGUUCGCGCGGCAAGGCAUCCGCGUCAAAACCGAACACCAUCUGCAACGGCUGCGGCUCGCUGACGGCGCGCUCGGCUCCCGCCACGGCGCCCUCAAGGUCAAGAUCAAGGAGUACGGCGACGAAGAAGUGGGCGCCGGCUUGGUGGUCUGGAGCACCGGGCUCAUGGCCAACCCUCUCAUCGCCAAGCUCGCCGCAAAGGAGCUUCUUGCGCCCGGACCCAACCCUCCAUCCAGCCACUCCACGGCAACACGUCACCUCCUCCGCAACGCCAGAACAGGCGGCAUCGUCACAGACGAGUACCUACGCGCCCGCACCGUCACCAAGGGCGACGAGACGCCCGGCAUCCUAGAGGACGUCUACGUGAUAGGCGACUGUGCGGUGAUGGAGAACGAGCCCGCGCUGCCCAAGACGGCGCAGGUAGCCUCGCAGCAGGCGACGCACCUCGCCAAGCGGCUCAAUGCCGGCGGCGCGCCUGCGGUUGCGGCAAAGCCUUUCAGGUUCCGCAACUGGGGCACGCUGACAUAUCUGGGCAGUUGGAGGGCUAUCCAUCAGAGCCAGGCCGAUGAGCUCAAGGGCUGGGUGGCCUGGGUUGUCUGGCGUGGGGCGUACCUCACGAGGUCCAUGUCUCUGAGGAAUAAACUUCUGGUUCCCAUUUAUUGGCUGGUCUCUUGGAUCUUCGGGAGGGGUAUCAGUCGUUUCUGAGGGCCAGAAACCUGUGUAUGGCUGGCGUUUGGACGGUUCCUGCUAGUAGGCUGUACAGGUUCACCGCUUGUAUGCCAUGUAUAAUACAUGUAUUGUCCAUCCCGGAUCACAGCUGAAGGUCACGAUAGACUAGCUACUUAUUCGUUUGUAAAAGUCAGUGUAUUGUAUAGAUACGGAGGCACCACGGGGCUGUCGACCUCGGAAUUCGACAUUGAGCGUCCCCUCCCAGUCCAGUCUUGCCGUGUGCCUCUCAGGCCUAAGAGCAC